AUGUCUGAUGAAAAAGUAACUGCUAAACAAUAUUACGCUUACAAACUACACUUCCGAGAACCUUCCUCGACCUUACUUUUUCUUGGUGGUCGACUUUUCCAACAAUAUAUCGUUGAUAAUUAUGUUAAAAUAGAAUCUGCACGUCUCAAUUAUUUGCGGUUUACACAGCAUAAAAUCCGCAAAGAGCAUUACCAAG